GCGUCCAAUGGCGGACAAGCUAAACAAGUGCGUCAUGCUCGUACAUUAUUGAUAUUCGUCUGCCGAGAUAUUUAAAUCAUCCAGGACACACGACAGUUGAAUGAGAUGGUAAAUAGAAGCAGCUGAAUGGUGUUUAAUGAGUUGAUUAUGUUUAUAUUCAUAGAAAAUGGUUAAUUAACGUUGAUAAAGUUCUUGAAACCUGCAUGCAUUGCAUUUUUGUACUCGGAAAAUAUAUCUUAAAAAAUAUGUGAAUAGAAAGGUAGAAUAAAAAAUUGAAACAGACCGAACCAUGGCAGCGUCCAAAUCCCUUCUGGAUAGUUUGAAGAAACCUGAACCAACAAAUUUUAAAAUGACUGACUUUCGACGGGAAUUACAUUUGCGCCAUAAACGAGAGGAGCAUUCGAAAAAAGAGCGUCUGAAAGCCCAGCAAGAAUCGAGAUAUGUUCCUAAGUAUGCAAUCACUAUUGACACAUCUAGAGCUCGAUCUAACAAUGAUGUCCUGAGAAUGUGCAUUAGAGAGCUGGGAUUUAAAGAGUAUCCAUUUGGCCGUAAAGAUAAUUGCUGUGAUGUACAUUGGCAUGCUAUUCACUUUGAGGACAACCCAGAGGUAUAUGGAGGGAAAGUCAAUAAAUUUCCAGGGAUGGGUGAAAUAUGCAGCAAGAUGACAUUAUUCAGAUGCCUGGACACAAUGAGAGACCUGUUCCCAACAGAGUAUGAUUUCUAUCCAAGGACCUGGUACCUGCCAGCUCAAUUUCAUGAAUUUUCUUGUGAAAUACGAAAACUGCAUGAGAGACGAGUGAAACCUAAACCCACAUUCAUAAUAAAACCUGACACAGGGGCCCAGGGGGAUGGAAUUUAUCUACUGAGAGAACCCAAUGAAUACUCAUCAUAUAAUGGCAAGUGCCAUGUUGCUCAAGAGUACUUGUCAAAUGUGUAUUUAAUUGACAAGUUCAAAUUUGAUCUACGAAUCUAUGUUUUAUUGAAAAGUUUAGAGCCAUUGGAAUUCUAUAUUUGCCGAGAGGGACUUGCCAGAUUUUCUACUGUUCCAUAUGAAAAUCCAACUAAUAAAAAUAUACAUGAGUCUUUUAUGCAUUUGACUAAUUACUCAUUAAACAAAAGAAGCUCAAAUUUCAAUCGUUCAGAACGUGAGGAUGAAGGAAGCAAGAGGACAUUGACUAGUGUGUUGCGCAGAAUUGCCAUGAAUGGACAUGAUAGCAAUAAAGUAUGGAAGUCUAUAGAGAGGAUUGUAUGUAGAACCAUUGUGGCUAUUGUACCAGAAAUGAAAGUGGAGUAUCAGGCAGCUAUGCCACCAGGAAAAAGUGGAGCUUCCUGCUUUCAGGUGCUAGGUUUUGAUAUUCUUCUCCUCCAUAACUUGAAGCCUGUCUUGCUGGAAGUCAAUGCAAGCCCCAGCCUCAGUUUGGAUAGUGAGCAAGAAGUAGCCCCGGGAGUGUUCGAAUAUGUUCAUAGUCCAAAGGAUGAAGAAAUCAAAUACCCACUUAUUAGGGAUACAUUGCUCCAUGUGGUGCCAAUGGAAAAACUCAAAUAUUAUCGGAAAAGAAAGAGAAAGAGAAUGCUAAGGAAACUCAAGGCCAGUACUUCACACAAGACCAAACGCCCAGAACCUCUAGUAAAACAGAGGACCUCCAUUGUUAUUAUCAAGGCCGAUGAGUCUGAUGAGGAGAAGAGAGAAGUUAAUGUCACUCAACAGAUGUCAGAAAUGCACAUGGAUGUAGAUAGUUCAGUUGUCAGUCAGGGCGAAAGCACAGGAAGAGAUACAAUCUCAGAUGAUGAACGAGAAUCAAAUUUGAAGUUUGAUACAGACAUUGAUGAAGAAGUGGACAACUACUAUGAAAAUAAACUGAAAGAAAGCUGUUUAAAGCAACUGUAUCCUGCCAUUUAUGAUGAAGAAUGUGAGAGAUUCAGAAUUCUGGAGAGAGUAGCUGGACUUUUUAUCUACUUCCUAGGAAUCAGGGGGUCGUUAAGAAUUGGUCCAACUGGAUUCAGAACCUUUGCCAGAAAAUGUCGACUGAACAGAAAAGGUAUGACAAACGCAGCCGUGGAUAUCAUGUACAUAGAUUUACAGAGGCGCUGGGACCACAUGAAUCCUGAGAGGACUUCUGGGCUAUGCUAUCAAGGAUUCCUUGAUGCUUGUAUGGAGAUAGCCAGAAGAAAAUUUUACGCUCCAACCAAAAUAGAAAUGCUUGAAAACUUGGCAGAUCACUGUGAACUCAGUCUUAACCUCAAAGGCAAAGAUCUUGCCGACAAUCUGCCACGACUGCACUUCCGACGUUUAGGAUUACAAUACCGCCAGGGGUCAAUGUUUGCAAUGCCUCGACGAGUGAUUGAGAUGACCGAGGAAACGACAAUUGAGGACCUUCUGACGUCACACGAAAAGAAACUGAGACAAGCCUCUAAAGAGGACAUUGAGGCAUUUUUGAGGAAGAGGAGAAUGACGUAUCAACCUACUUCUGCUGCCUCCAUAUUAGGUGGUACAAAGUCACCUAAUUCUGAGUAACAGUCUUUA